ACUGUUAGUAGAUAUAGUGAAAAAUAAUGUUAAUAACUCGUAAUAAUUUAUAAUAUCCACAAUUAUGAUAUUAAAUAUACGUAGUUAUCAAUUAUCGGAUUAAUUGAUUACUUAGUUAUAUUUCUUUCUGUAUGAUUCAUGUUUAUUGGCAAUACUGUGUACGAGUCAAACACAAGUCAAGUGAUAGGUUAUUUUUCAAUCAUGGCAGAUCUCGUUAUGGAGUCAGAUGACAAUAAACAAAACCUUUUAAAAACUGGAAAUAAACAAUGGGUAAAACUAAAUGUAGGUGGAACGUGUUUUUUAACAACAAAAACAACUCUGGCAAGAGAUCCUAACUCAUUUUUGUAUAGACUGAUACAAGAAGAUAAUGAACUAGAUUCUGAUAAAGAUGAAACUGGAGCAUAUUUAAUAGACAGAGAUCCCAAUUAUUUCUCCCCCGUUUUAAAUUAUCUUAGGCAUGGAAAAUUGGUGAUUAAUAAGGGUUUAGCAGAAGAGGGGGUAUUAGAAGAGGCUGAAUUUUACAAUAUUGCAGAAUUAAUCACUUUGGUAAAAAGACGAAUAAUGAUUAGAGAAACUAGACCUAAUAAAGAUGGUAAAAAACAUGUUUAUAGAGUUUUACAGUGCCAUGAAGAUGAAUUGACACAGAUGGUUUCAACUAUGUCAGAUGGUUGGAAAUUCGAGCAAUUAAUAAACAUCGGUUCUCAAUACAACUAUAACGCCGAUGAACAUGCCGAAUUUUUGUGUGUUGUAAGUAGAGAAUGUGGUGUACCAGAUUGUCCGGAAAUAAAGAGUGACAGAGAAGACAGGGCCAAAGUGUUGCAACAAAAAGGUUCUAGAAUGUAGAUUUCAAAGUGUGUUAAUAAAAAUCUGAGAUUUUUCAAUAAAUCAUCAUCUACAGGGUGUAUCAUAUUGACAAUGUUGUUGUUAAACAGCACAAUAAGUAAUUAAGGUAAGAGCACCAGGGCAGAGACUUUAGUGAGGAUAUUUCUUUUAAAAAAAAUCAUUUCAAAUAAAAAAAAUAUCUUCCAAAUUUAAUGCAGGGCUCUUUAUGUAAUUAGUACUAAUUAAACUGAUAUAAUUAGAAGUCGUUAUUUUUUUAUAUGCAUUUUAUUUAUUUAAAAGUGCAAGUAUAUUAGGCAUGUCAUGACCAAAGUCAGACAUCACUGAAUACCAGUGGCAGACUAAAUUAUUAACGAAUUUAUCAGUGUAUACAGUUAUGUGCCAUGCAAUCAAUCUCAUCAUUUACUUUUUCUUGAAUGAUACAGAUAUAUCUGUAACUUGAGGGUAUCUUUUUCUACCCACAAAAGAUACUAAUAUGAUAGGAUGCUUAAUAUCUUUUUUGUUCACAUUUUUAAUUUCUCAUCAUCUGACUCCAUAUAGUGAAUAUAUUUUUAUUCUGAGUAUUUCUUUUUUCUUUCUGUUCCUUCGAAUCUCCUAUCUUAUUAUAACCAUUCCUAGAAUCUGGAGAAGCAAUUGAUGGAAUUUUUUUCAUUCUCAUAUUGUUAUUUUUUUUUUGUAAUUUGAUAGAGGCCAAUGUCUGCCUCCAUACAAGGAACAUCUUCAUUGCUCUACAUCUUUUUUCUUCUUAUUACACCCUGUCGAAGAAUCUGAAGAGGCAACUGAUGGAAUUUUUUUCUUUUUCAUAUUGUUAUUUGCUUUUCUUCUCAUCAUCGUCAAUACUAUUAAAACAUUGAAGUAAACCCUGUAUAAUGUGGUGUCUGAUAUAUUUUGGAUGUUGUCAGAAUGGUAUGCCCUAUAAAUUCUAAACUCUUAUAUUCAGUAGCUUGCUAAUAUAAAAACUGACUAUUUUUCUAAAUAUUUUUGUUUGCUAAUAUAUUUUAUUAACAAAUCUACUUCUGUAUCAGAUUUUCUUUUCGAACAGUCUGUAAUAUUUAAUUAUUUGUUGGUACAACUUUUAUCUAUUACUGAAUAUAAGAUUUUUAAUUUUUUACUCCAUCUCAUUUCAUUUGGUGCAAUUUUAUAUAAAUAUACGUACAUACAUAAAUUAUAUCUCAAGACGGUUGAUUGUUUCAUCAAAUGUUUUGAAUUUAAGUAUAAAAUCAUCAAUUUCAUAGUUUUAAUUUUUUUUAAUUUAAUUUCAAUGUUGUAUACCAUUUUUUUAUAAAUUUAUGUAUCUUUAAUAUUAUAAAACUUUAUAGAUUGAAAGGUGUGAAGAUGUCAGUGAAUUAUUUAUAAGUUUCAAAUUCAUCGUAGACAAAAUACUGUAACCUAGACACUUUUUUGUAUAUUCAAGAAUUUAGUACAUUAUUUUAUAGAACAUUUCAAAUUUCAAUCCAAUCACUAUAAUUUUGAAUUUUUGGGAUAAAAAAUAGUGAAAAUUUGGAAAAUAAUCCUCCAAUAAUGAUUAAAAAUCUUACAAAACAAAUUAUUUGUGAUAAAAUUGAAAAAACACACUCAUUUAGCCAACUUUCCACUGAAAUUGAUUUUAACAACUCUGUUAAAAACCUUUUUGGGAUCUAUAAAUUCAAAGUUGGUGUUAUAUUGAGCUACAAAACUUUUACCUUCUAUUUAUACAUAGUGACACUAUCUUUUAACCAGAAUCAUUAUAAAUUGAUUUUUUGUUUUUUAAACUAUUAUAUAUUUAUUUUUUAAUUAUAAAAAUGUUUUGAACAGUUAUUUGUUAAAUAGUUUACCGAAAUCAGCACAUCUUUGAAUGCUGCGUAUAUUCGAUUGAUUCUCAAUUUGUAAAUUGAUAUUUAGAAGAUAUUUCCAUAAAAUAUUUCAUAGUUUGAUUGUU